CUCAUAUUGAAAAGCGUUAGUGAAUUCCGAUAAAUCCUCAAGUACGUAAUGUUAUUGUUAUAUUUUUAAUGUUUUUUGUUUUAGUGUUGUUUCCAGUUCAUCUAGAGAAGUAGAGAUUUAAUGGAGCCCUCCAGCAUGGAAAGUGAAAUAAUGUUAAAUAACAAUUCUGAAGAUGUUGGUCCACAGCCAAUUGUGAAGUUCAGAAAUGCUUACAAGAGGUAUGGCCGGACAGCUGUUAUACUGCGUGGACUUAAUAUGACAAUACCAACGGGCACUAUAUAUGGUCUGUUGGGACCUAGCGGAUGCGGUAAAACAACACUGCUCAGCUGCAUAAUCGGCAGAAGAAAACUUGACAGUGGAACUUUGUUUGUUGAUGUAAAGUCCAAAGUGGAUAUGGGCUAUAUGCCACAGGAAGUAUCACUGUACGAGGAGUUCCAAAUUCACGAGGUUUUCCGAUACUUUGGACUUUUGACUAACCAAACUGAAGACUACAUCAAGCACCGUGAGAAAGAACUUGCAGAGCUUUUAGAUCUUCCUCCAACAAACAGACUUGUCUGUAACUUGAGCGGUGGACAGCAAAGAAGGGUUUCAAUGGCAGUAGCUUUGUUUCACAACCCAAAGUUCCUUAUCCUAGAUGAGCCCACUGUAGGACUGGAUCCACUCUUAUGUGAAAGCAUAUGGAAAUAUUUUAUACAUAUAACGGAUGUGGAACCCAAAACAAUUAUCAUUACAACCCAUUAUAUUGAAGAAGCGAGAAAUUCACAUACUAUUGGACUUAUGAGAGGUGGGAUUCUGCUAACAGAGAGAAGUCCCCUCCAACUCAUGGAGAUGAACAACUGUUCAAGUCUGGAGGAGGCAUUUCUCAAAUUAAGCCAGAAACAAGAGGACAUUCCAUCAGAUAGUAAUUACCCCGCUGCAACCAAACAGCCGGACAUAUUCAAACCAGGUGCAAAAAUGGCAUGGCAUAGAUUCGCUGCCCAAAUUUACAAAAAUGUCUCAUGGACUAGGAGAAAUAUACCGAUCACGGCCUUCAUGAUUCUGCUUCCAUUUCUGCUGUUCACAAUCUUCUUAGGGAUGCUGGGUAAAGAUGAGAUGGAUGUGACGAUAGCCGCAGUACAGGAUGAGGUCACCCCGGGCUCUGAUGACUGCAACAGCUCCCGACCAAUCAGGUCCAUCUACGGAUGUGUUGCUCAAAAACGCCUCAGCUGCGAAUUCAUCUCUUUUCUCAAGGAGAAGUCUUAUACCAUUAGCUGCUAUAAAAAAGGUAUUGAAAGGAUCACGGCCUUCAUGAUCCUGCUUCCAUUUCUGCUGUUCACAAUCUUCCUAGCAAUGCUGGGUAAAGAUGAGAUGGAUGUGACGAUAGCCGCAGUACAGGAUGAGGUCACCCCGGGCUCUGAUGACUGCAACAACUCCCGACCAAUCAGGUCCAUCUACGGCUGUGUUGCUCAAAAACGCCUCAGCUGCGAAUUCAUCUCUUUUCUCAAGGAGAAGUCUUAUACCAUUGUGAUGUACGAUAGUCUUGACGAGGGAAUCACAGCGGUGAAGAGAAACAAAGCAUGGGCUCUGCUCUAUUUCCACAAGAACUACACAGAGAGUCUACUGGAGAGGAUUGACCGAGGCAAAAAAGCCUCCAAUAUGAGUCUUGCGAACAGCUUGCUUGAAGUCUAUCCUGAUAAUUCUAUUUAUUACAUCACUUACAAAUUCACAUGGGAUCUACACUCAGGAUUUAUGUCGUUUAUGGAGAAUUUCCUAAGGAAUUGUGAUAUCGAUGAUAGAGUGAUAAAAAGUCCUAUCACGAAAGCUGAAGAAGUAUAUGACAGUAUUGCUCCAAGAUACGUCGGUCUUAAUGGAUACAUUAUCGCGGAUAAUACCUCUCAAAAAUGUUCCAUUGAAGAUGUACCUGCAGGAUUUGUGAUUGUCGAAUUCAUUGCUGAUGAGAGAAUGGUUACAUAUUUUGGAAUCAGUCUUGUGGUGAUAGUUUUUUUCACAGUGGGUAUGUUAUGGCCGGUGGAAGGUAUGCACUGGAGCAUCCGACCUAUGUCUCAGAUGAACCCAAUGAGGAUGGCCGUCGAGACCUACCGCUCCAUCACUUUCCGCGGUCUCCCCUUCUCCAACUCUCUCAUGUACCAGGGAUACCUGUCUAUCUCCAUCCUCGUUCUACUGCUGCUCCUCAUAUACGUACUCAAGUCAAGAAAUGAUUGAAGAUCCAUGAAAUGAAGCUAUAUUCCAGAAGCAAAAGUCCUACUACUACAUACAUAUAGGCUACUCAAGUCAAGAAAUGAUUGGAGAUCCGUGAAAAAUCUAAAAGCUAUUCCAGAUAAUGCAAAAGUCCUACUAUUUCUCGUCAUAUAUACAGAGUCAGCAUAAAGUCUUUCCCUGAUUUUAAAAAAAUAUUACAGAAUAACCGUUUGACAUAUCAAUUUAUAUCUGGCGCUGUUACAUAGGUUAGUGUUAGUAGUUUUUUUUUAAUAUCACUUACGUUAGUAAACUUCAGUGUGUGCCUCCUUGGUAAUCGGAGAAUGUCGAAGCGGUAUUCCAGUUCUCACACUAAGUGCCGGUUGCACAACAGCCGGUUAAAUUUUAACCGUGAUUAAUUCCACGAGAACCAAUCAGAGAAGCCGUCUUUUCAAAAACGCCUUCUCUGAUUGGUUCUCGUGAAAUUAAUCACGGUAAAAAUUUAACCGACUGUUGUGCAACCGGGCCUAGGCCUGCCACUUCUAGGAAGAUCUUCAACGCUGCCUGUUUCUUUGAACCUGUCAUACCAUUGCUUUAUUGAUUCAACAUCAGGAGGGCUGCGUCCAUAAUAAGAAGCCCGAAAAUUAUGCUGAACACUGAUGGGCGAUUUCGUUUUGUGAAACCAAAGCACACAUUGUGCUUUUUCCUGCUUCAAUGCCAUUUUGACCGCAACUAACGUGAACUAACAGACAGCAGCAUUGUUUAGGACCACUAGCGCCAUCUAUUGGUCAAAAAAACUACUAACACUAACCUAUGUAACAGCGCCAGAUUUAAAUUAUUAUGUCAAACGGUUAUUCUGUAAUAAAUUUUAAAAAUCAGGGCAAGACUUUAUGCUCACCCUGUACAUACUCAAGGCAAGAAAUGAUUGGAGAUCUGUGUAAAUGAAGCUAUUUCAGAAGCAAAACCAUGCAAUAGAUGGAUAAGGGUGUUUUCAUUUGUAUUAGAGUUUCAACUUGACCUAACCUAACAUUUUCUAUCAAUUGCCCACACAUGAGAUCUACGGAUAAUUUUACUUCUAUCUGUGCAUAGAAGUCAAAUAAACUACUGACUGUAGAUUAUUGGUCAAAACAGGGAUGGCUGGAGGCUGAUCAUGUUCAUGGUAAAAUUGACUGAAAUAUUGGUCAAAAAAACUACUAACACUAACCUAUGUAACAGCGCCAGAUUUAAAUUAUUAUGUCAAAUGGUUAUUCUGUAAUGAAUUUUUAAAAUCAGGGCAAGACUUUAUGCUUACCCUGGCAAGGCACUAUGAUUGUUAUAGUGCCUCACUAUGUCAAGUCAAGAAAUGAUUGGAGAUCAGAGGAAAUGAAGCUAUUCCAGACGUAAAACCAUGCAAUAGAUGGAUGAAAGUGUUUUAAUUUGUAUUGGAGUUUAAACUUAACCUAACCUAACAUUUUCUAUCAAUUGCCCGCACAUGAGAUCUACGGAUAAUUUUACUUCUAUCUGUGCACAAUAAUUUACAAAAUGGCUGUGUGAGAAUUUAAUUAAUGCACUAGCACUAAACUAGUAUAGCUAGUUAUAAUGUAUGAAAUGAAGGCUACUUAUUUUUAUUUAUAAAAUAGAAUCAUAGUAGCUAGGCUACCCUUUGAAAAUAAUAUUCUUAAUUUAUUAUUUUCAAAGGGUACUAUAAUUCUUUUUUAUAAAUAGUAGGCCUAUAACUAGAUAUUUUUAGAAGGAGUAGCACAACUAUAGUGAGGUCUACGUUAUAAUGGCAGUGUUUGAUUUCCAAUGGUAUUGCUAUCCUUGUCUAUCAUUCAACAAAGCGGAUAGCGCUAUCUCUUUCUCACUUUGAUGUGUUGCCAG